AUGCGUUCAGCCAUCAUCAUCGCUGUCGGCGCCACUGCCGCUGCCGCUACCAACACUGCCCUCAACAAGCGCGACGCAGACGAAUGCACGUCGCGAGCCAUGGCCUUCCUUCCCGAAAUCACUGGCCUUCCCACCCCCACGGGAUCUCUUCUCUCCUUCCUCGCCACCGAGACCAAGCUCGCCACAUACACAGGCAGCUGCGACUUCCCCAGAAUCACUGGCGCCAUGGCCAAGGAGUACACUUCCUUCGUCGAAGAUCUCAGCUCCUGGUACAAGGACCACAAGAGUGACGUGUCCGAGAUCAUGGCAGCUUGCUCAGAUGUUCCUGAGAUUAAGUCUCAGAUUGAUGAGCUUAAGGGCUACGGCGCAAUGUGCAGCGAAAUCACUUGGGAGGGUGCCAAGGAGUCUGAGGCUGCUAAGAGCGACUCCGAUGAGAAGGACGGCGACAGCAAGGACUCCGAGAAGAAGGAUGGUGACAGCGGUGCUGGUCUUAACUCUAUCAAGGCUGGUAUCGUCGUCGCUAUCGCCGGUCUUACUGGUGUCAUGAUGCUGUAA